AUGCGAGGCAGCGCUCUGCUAUUCGGCGCUGUGCUGCUGCCACUGGUUGCAUCGGCACCAGCGCAACUACCGAUAGGAUCCUUGGUUGAUUACGCUGCCGACUCUUUGUCGCAUCUAGGGUCACAAGGCGAUGUUCGCACCAACACAAUCUGGUCAUUCAUCGACUGCGGUACUGAGAAAGAUGCCGUCGAGCUAGAAUCACUGGCUGUGUCGCCUGAUCCGCCACAGGCUGGCAAGAACCUGACUGUCACAGCGACAGGCACGGUCAAGACUAUGAUCGAUGAGGGAGCCUAUGCAGACGUGCUCGUCAAGCUCGGCUACAUCAAGCUGCUCACAAAGCGAUUCGAUGUCUGUGAAGAACUCGAUAAAGCCAACGCAACGCUACAGUGCCCAGUAGAAGAGGGCAGAUAUACCAUCGUGCAGACUGUCGAGCUUCCCAGGGAGAUCCCCAAGGCCAAAUUCAUCGUGCAGGUUCGUGCGUUCACGCAAGAUGAUGCCCCGAUGGCAUGCGCAGACAUCAUGAUCGACUUCUUGCGAUCCUAG